CUGACACUUUACUAACAUACCAAGUCGUGGGAUUCAUUACAACUCUGCAGCCAUGGGACUUUUGUAGCUAUGUUAUGUAACAUUUUAUCCAAACAUUUACUUCUAAUUUUUACCGGAAAGUUUUUUGCGCGAUGGAGCCUGGCGAGAUCCUCCGCGCGCUUUGGAGACCGAGGAUGUGCGUGUGAGAGUGGACAGACUGGGGUCAGUCAUGGAGCCUGAGCUGAACUGCAGCUCCCAGUGUGAUUCCCCACUCUGCUUCAUCCAGUCAGGAGUCAGCAGGCAGGAGGGCCUGGACAUUCUGCAGAGACUAUGCAGUCUCAGCACGAUGGCCGUGGAGCUCCCGAGGCGCUCUCUCUCUCCAGUGUUAAAUGCUGUGGUGUGGACGCUGCUCUCCUGUGGCAUCCUGCUGGCUUUCUGCUUCCUCCUCUUCACCCUGCGCUUCAAAAACAACAGGAUAGUGAAGAUGUCCAGUCCCAACCUGAAUGUCCUGACUCUCUUCGGAAGUGUCCUCACCUACAGCAGCGGCUUCCUGUUUGCUGUGGGUGAACGAUCACACUCACAAGGAGGAGCGUCCGCCGCUGUGCUACAAGCUCGGAUAUGGAUUCUUUGUGUUGGCAGUACUCUGGUGUUUGGCCCAAUUUUGGGGAAGACGUGGAGACUGUACAGAGUGUUCACCCAGCGAGUGCCUGACAAGAGAGUGAUCAUCCGAGACAUCCAGCUGAUGGGUAUGGUGGCUCUCUUGAUCUUGGUGGACAUGCUGAUUCUAACUGCCUGGAACCUCACAGAUCCCAUCAGGUGUUCACGAUCUGUCGGAGCUGUUGUCAAGGUGUUGGAGAGAGACAUUUCCUACUCUUUAUCUCAGCUGGACACCUGCUCCUCUGUAUACUCAGAUCUGUGGAUUAUCAUUAUUGCUGUUCAGAAGGGUGGUCUUCUCCUCUAUGGGACUUAUCUAGCCGGACUGACCAGUAACGUCAGCCACCCUCCAGUCAACCAGUCUCCCACCAUUAUAACUGCCGUCACUUUGGUCACUAUCUUUUCUGCUGUGGCCGUCCCUGUGUCGAUCUUCCUGCAGGCCUGGCCCAACCUGGUGUACAGCACUGUGGCUGGAGCCAUUUUCAUCUGCACACUGGCUACCAACUGCAUGCUGUUUGUGCCUCAGCUGACCCAGUGGCGACAGUUUGAAGAGGACCAGAACAACCCAAGUCAGAUGGCCAAGUAUUUCAGCAGCCCCAGUAAGAGCCAGCCCUCGGUGUACAGCCAGGAUGAGAUGUACUACCUGCUGGGGGAGAACAACUCCAUGAAAAAACUCCUAACAGAGAAGAAUGCUGUGAUUGACAGUCUACAGGAGCAGGUGAAUAACGCCAAGGAAAAACUCCUGCGACUCAUGUCAGCCAGCCGGCCCCCCGAGGACCAGGACAUGGACUCUUUCAACACUAACCUCAACUCCUCCUCCACUCAGACCACAGAGCUUCAGUCUGACGGCCCCUCUUCUUCUUCUUCUCUACCUCAGAGAGACACUCAAUCCCAACUCUCACCACGAUGUCUCUCCCCUCACCUCACUGCUGCUGCUGUUACACUGUCCUCUGAGCCCCUCUCAGCUCCGAGCCCCUCAGCCCCCAUUGUUGCUUCCUCUCCUCUCCCUGAUGAUAUUUAUACUGAAAACCAGAGACGUGUCUCUGGCGCUGGACAUAGAGACCGAGACAAAAUUGAGAAGGGAACAGGGGAGGAUCUCAAACAGCCAGUCCAGUCCCCUGGCUUACUCAGGACAGCGGAAGAGACAGUUCACUUUGUCACUUCCCUACAAUCCUGUAGAGGGUUAAACCCCUCUCAGGUUGAAUCUUUCAACAAUCAGACUGGCCUAACAUCCCCGCUGGGACCAAAUGUCAGACCAACAGGUUUUGUUAGCAGCGAACAGUUGCAGGAGAUCCUCCAAGAGCUGAGUGUGGAUGCAGUCAUGGAACUCGCACUUCGAUCACCCGGUCAGACGUCCAGAUUGUCCUCUGCACUUUCCCCUCUCUCCCUGCGGACGCCACGCUCCCCUCAUCCACCUGUUCUCUUCCGCUACCCCAGCAUCUCCCCCUACACUAUGAGGAAACGCCGGCCGCCCUUCCACUCCUCCAGGAGAGGGAUGAGCCCUCCAUGCUACUAUGCAGGGUGUGGGAAGAUAAGGGAAAACUGUGAAGACCAAAAUCCAGCCAGGAACCCGGAGGGGGUCACUGCGGAUAGAACCGUCAUCCAGGUGCACAACACUGACCUCGAGCUGCAGGAGGAGGACGAGGAGGAGGAGGAGGAUGCAGAAGGGAAAGAAAUGAAAAGUAAACAUCUGAGACAUAUUUCAAGGUCCCGCAGACGUUCAGCCUUGCCCUGUGCAGAUCACACACCCGAUGUGGAAGCCGGUGGUGAUAAUGAGCAGCGCCACAGACGCAUUAGAGACUCCUGUGGGUCCUGGGACUCGGACUCCAGCAGCUCGACUGACUAUUGUUACUACCACCGACCGUACUGUGAUUCCUGCCUGCAGCGAGGCUCUCUCCUGUCCUCGGACAGCUCCUCAGACUCUUCUGACAGCGAGUAUGAAGACUUCACAGGCCUGUACCGCUCCACACACCCCGUGGUGUUCAAAGAAGACCUCAAACCCACCUUUGUAUGAGCACAGGUCCACUGCACUUUACAUGUUCAUCCAUUUCCACCACUUGAAUUCAUGUCCUUAGAAACAUUGUAGCUCGCACACAGUUCAUUGUGCAUAAAGCUAAUGUGCAUCUAUAAUGGGAGAUCAUUUGACUGUAGGUUUUCACUAAGAAUAUGUUCUGCAUUCUGUCUGAAAAGAACAUUUGUGUUCUUAAACAUUGCAUUGUGGGAAGGUGUAGCUCUUUUAUUAGAUUUAUGAAAACUUUUGUAGCUCACAAGCACACAAUACUGUUUACUUUUUAAUAUUUCUUAUGGCAUUAUUUGCAUAUUUAUGCUUUCAGAUGAAAUCCCUUACAUUCCAAAAAUGUCUAAGCCUGACAUUUAGAAAAAAGAAAUCAAAAUUAAAGUUUUUCACUGAACUGUUGAAAUGUGCACUAUAUUAGCUAUGUGCAAAUGCUGUAUUUAUUUUAAUAUUUAUAAUAAGAUGUUUUGGUGAACAGAAUCACUUUCUGUCAUCUUUUUACUGUUUAAUAUUGUCAUACGCAUUCCUUAAAG